ACAAGCGAGGGUUGCAUCUCCUUUUCAAGAACCUUUCUGACUCCUCCAAGUCCCGCACGCUCUCUAGGAUCACCCAGCGAUCUUCCUUCAAAGAAGAGAUGUCGGCUGGAACAGGCAACCUUGAGUUAGGUUUCGGAGUUUUCUUUUUUUCAAAGCAUCGCAGCCUUUCACAGUUUCCUAGCUCAGAAGUCGUGGAAUGGAGUUCUUUCAUGCCUCGAUGGCGUCGUGCAUUCGGAAACUUGUCUCCGUUUGAUCGGCUGGAAAACGAAUUUAUUUCUUCCAAUUCCUGGCUAUGCAGUUUUUUUAAUUCUGACAAGAAAUGUUUGUUUAGGGUCGUGAGUCGUAUGCUUAAAGUUUCCAAUAGUCGCUCACCUUUCCUAGUCUUAUGUUUUUUUUUUUCUCUCUCUCGUCUUGCAGAAUCUGGAGCUAAUGCUGUCGUGGCGAGCUCAGCUGCAGACGAUAACCAGCCAGUCUCCCCUCCACGUCCAGCCGCCCAGUCCGGUGGCGACCGCUCGCCUCACGAUGGCCAGAGCUCGCCUCAAAAUGGAGAAAGCAUGGCUCACGACGACGGAAACGUGGCUGCUGACGGAAACGUGGCAACUAAUAAUGAACCUGGUGCCAGAAACGAGCAGCCUGACGACGAGCGUAGGCCUGACGAUGGGCGUAGGCCUGACGACGGCUCAACUGCACCUGUGGUUUCGCCGUUCGACGCUACCGCCGUAGCUGCACGUGCCGAAGUCCCAGCGGCACCUGCUGCGCCGUUGACGGAAACGGAAGUUGGAGGUGUCGAACCGGAAGGAAUGGAGGCGGAAAGAAUGGAGACGGAAAGAAUGGCGACGGAUAAAACGGAGGCGGACGGAAUUGAAACGGAGAAAACGGAGGCGGGAAGGAUGGAGACGGAAAGUUUGGAGGAAGGUCCAGCUGUUACCGCGUCACAAGCUCUGGACUACCCUACUUCGUCUGCUCCUGCUAAAAACGUUGCUGACGGUCCCACGUCGACUGUUCCGACUGCUGACGUCGAUCACGUGGUCAACACUGCACCGGAUACGAAUGCCUCCGCUGUAGCAGCUCCAAGUGCUGUGGAUGAUGCGCCGACUAGUAUGGAGGAGGAUGACGCGGCCAAGUUAGCACAGCCAGUCCAGGACCGUCCCGCUCCGGCUCCGCCUCUUGCGGCCGGUGGUGACCUUGCUGGUGGUGCUGAUGUUAUUGCCGUUUCCGCAGCAGCAGCGGCGCAGGGUCAGCCUGAGCAAGAGCAGGGGGAACAGGGGAUGCGCGCGCAAGGCGUGCUCGCGCAAGGGAUGCACGAGCGGAGCCGUCAAGGGGAGAACCCGCAGGAAGACGAGGCGCGCGGCGAGCGGGAGAAGCACGAUCUCGACCAAGGGGACGAGCAGGCGCGCGAGAGGGAGAGAGACGCAUCGAGCUUUCUUACUGCUGGGACUGUACCGAGCGCGCUGAUGCAGGCCGACGCAGAGGAGCAAAUGCGCGAUCAAGUGAAGGAGAGAGAAGAGGAGGAGGUAGAGGGAAAAACAGCGGAGAAAGUAGAGGGCCCUGCGGCUACCACAGCGGAACAAGAGCAGCAGCAGUUGGGGGGCGUGAGUGAAGGUCCCAAGGCCACACAGGGCCAUGCGACUCCCGUUGUUGUUCCUGAACCGCCGGUACCGCCUAUUAGCUCCCGAGCACCCAUGGAAUCAGAAGCGCCUGCAAGCUCACAGAUACCCGUGGAUUCGGCACCAGCUACGGCGGACUCAAGGCCUUCGCCGCCCCUUGAGCCGCCGCAACCAGUAGAGCAGCUACAACCGCAGGCGCCACAGUCGCAGCCGCUGCAGCCGUCACAGGUGACUGCUGAGUCGACUCAAAAGUCGCCACAGCCGCUAGAGCCGUCACAACCGGUAGUGCCGCCACGGCCUCUUGAUGCGCCGCAGGCAGAGCCCCCGCAGGCAGAGCCCCCGCAGGCAGACCCGCUACUGGCAGAGCCCAUGCACCAUGACUCCCCGCCUGUGGAUCCUGCAGAGAUCGCGCAGCAAUCCGCGCAGCAGUCUGCCCAGCCGGAUGGGGUAAUCGCAGGGGCGGGAAUGGCGGAAGGGGAAGUUGCGGGGGCAGGAAUGCCAGAUGCGGAGAUGGGUGGAGUGGGCGAGGCGGGUGGAAUGCAGGCGCCAGAGGCGCACGCUCCCGCGGAUGGGGGGUUCCCCGCGCACGUUGCUCCGCUUGCGCCUCUGGGCACUGAGGGGCAUCCAUACGCCGGUCCUAGUAAUGAGCAAAUGGAGUAUCAGCAGCAACAACACCAGCAGCAGCAGCAGCAGCAGCAGCAGCUGCAGCAGGAGCAGCAGCAGCAACAGCAACAGCAACAGCAGCAGCAGCAACAGCAACAGCAACAGCAACAGCAACAGCAGCAGCAGCAACAGCAACAGCAGCAGCAGUAUCAGCAGCAGCAACAACAGCUGCUGCAGCAGCAGCAGCAGCAACACAUGAUGCCUCAUGCCUUCCCCCACGCCCACAUAGACCCAUCCAUGCACAUGCAUCCUCACAUGCACAUGCAACAGCAGCAGCAACACGACCAUAUACAAGCAGCAGCGGCCGCAGCGGCGGCUUCCGCGCACUUGCCCCCCCCGCAACCCCACAUGUUCCCCCAGCAGGGGCACAUGGGCGCGCCUCAGGCGCACAUGCCCCCCCCCCAGGCGCACAUGCCUCCGCCAGGCCACAUGGGCGCACCCGGGCACAUGGGGCCAGGGGGGGAGGUUGUGGGGAUGGCUGUAACCGAAGGAAUCCCCAUGCAUCCCAUGGCAAUGCACCAUCCCAUGCAUCAUACAAUGCCUCACGCCAUGCCGCAUACCAUGCCGCCAGGCUCAGUCCUCCCCUCCCAACUCGCCCAGCAUGUGUCAGUCCUCCAUCCCACACCCGUCCACCUCUCUCCCACACCCGUCCAUCUCUCCCCCACAUCAAUGGCCAUGGUUUCCUCGGCGAAAUCCGAAGGGGCGAUCUCAGCCGUCCCUUCGCUGGACCAGCCGCUAAUGCUCAGCCGAGCCUCAGCCUUGGCGGCGCUCGGAGCUGACCCCGAGGCUUGGAACCGCUUGUCGGCGGUUCGGCGGCGGGUGGCAGUGACAGGGCAGGUGAAGAAGGAGAUAUGCGAGCUGAAGCUACAAUUGGGAGACGUGUCUCAAGACGAGAUGGUGGAGCAGGUUUACAGGAGAUACGGAGUGAGGCUCAGUCGCACGACCGUCUCCAAGAUCCUCAAGGACGCUCCCAGGUGGCUGAGGGUGUCAGGAGCAGCAGCCAAGCAAAAGAGGUGCCGCAUGGCCAAGUUCCCGCAGAUGGAGGCUGCCCUAGCGCACUGGUACCGACAGGUGUCUUCGAUGCACGCCAACAUCAGCGACGCCAUGAUAGUGGACAAGGCUAGGCAGCUGUCAGUGGAGCUGAGCAUUCUGCCGGACGAGUUCAAGGUGUCGGACGGCUGGCUCUACCGCUUCAAGCGGCGCCACGAGCUGCCCACUGCACGCAAGCGAGCCCUGCCUGGCAUAAAGCCUGAAGACCAGAUGGGCGAGCAUGCAGGAGCGCUUCCCGCCCCCCAACAAGACUCAGCGGCAGGGCUUCACAGCAGCAUAAGUCCCUAUGGUACCAUGCUACCAUAUGGCGACCCAUCGCACAUGCAUGCAGCAGCUAUGGCAGGUGCAGCAGGAGGAGCGGGAAUCAGUGGUCAGCAGCACCCAAUGCACCCACACCAGCAUCACAUGAUCCCUCAUGACCCAUCGGGCAUGGGUGCCGCUGCUGCCUCUGCUGCAGGUGCGGCUGGAGCGGGUCUGGGAGGAGCCCUUGGCAUGCAUGGCAUGGCAGGGGGGUCGUUACAGGCACUGCAAGGCAGCCGUGGAGUGGGUUCUGGUGCUGGGGGGCUGGAUGGAGGGGAGGGGAUGGCGGAUGUGAUGGAAGGGAGUGAGUCCUAUGGAGAGUCGGAGGAUGAGGAAGAUGAAGGGAUGGAGGGAGGCAGUGGGGGGGAGAGUGGGUUUGGGAUGGGCGCGAGUAGAUGGUCAGGUGGGGGGAGUGGGAUGGGGAAGAGGAUGCAGAUGGCAGUGGCAUCGGCUAUGAGUGGGUUGAGCCCGGUGGAUAUAGAAAGGUACUCUCAGGUCAAGUCGCUGUUUGCUGGGGCUCUGAAAAAGCUAGAGUCGUUCCCUCGGCUGUGAAAGUAGCACAAUGGUAAUGGCGAGGACAAUGGCCAGGCUGAUGUCAAGCGGCACCAGGAAAUGCCUGAGUAUCAUUGGCGCUGUAGAAUCUGAGAGAUGUUUAGUGUUCAGGUAGGUUUACUUAUACACAGGGAUAUUUUUCUUGUCUUGCAUGUAGAAGAAUGAAGUAAUGGGGGAUGA